CAAGCCCCUUGAAGUAUCCUGUAUAUAAAGCGAGUCUGACUCCAAACAAACAGAGGACCGGAGGAGACCAGUCCUUGUGUUCACUGGGAGGGAAAAGCAUCUGGCGGCAAGUCCGGACCGAAGAUUGAAACUAGUGAUUUCAAGCGCUACAGCUUUAAAGAUGGAGAUAAAACUCAUCGUCCUUAUUGUUCUCAACGUCGUCUAUGUCGUACACGGGGUCAUACCUAGCGAUUGUACCCAGGGAGUAAACUGUAUACUUCCAGGCUGCUUUUGUGCGACAUUUGACCACCCGAACCGCACCGCAAAAUUUCCACAGAUUGUCUACUUUGCCAUCGAUGAUGCUUUAACCGUAACGGUAGACAAGCCUUACCAGCGGUUGUUUAACGACAGCCGAACGAAUCCAAAUGGUUGCCCCAUAACGUUCUCGCUCUUUGUACAAGACCAAUACACGUCCUACAAUUUGGUGGAGAAUUACUCUCAGCGCGGCCACGAGAUCGGUUGCCAUGGUGUCAACCACACUAAUGUAGACACCGCCAGCAACUCCGCUUCGAAGCCGGACUGCAGAAGGAGAACGUCAUCACCAAAGGUCACGUCUCCAGAAAUCAGGUACUUAGACGACGUCACGUAUGCGCAUGCGUGCUCAGUCAUGACAAGACUUGGUGGUGGCAAGGUGGUGGUAGGUUGGAGGAGUCCCAACCUGAAGACAGCAGGCGACGCCCAGCCGGACGUGCUGAAUGAGCUCAACUACACCUACGACAUCUCGCUCACCUACACCCGCCAGGCCGACAACCGCGUCCCUUUUCCCUUCACCCUAGACUAUGGCUACCCGUAUUCCUGUUCCAUCCCUCCCUGUCCCGAUCUGCAGUCCAGCAUCCCUGGCUUCUGGGAGGUGCCUGUCUUUUCCCUGAGGAACCCAGAGACUGGAUACGAGUGUGCGUAUGUGGACAGCUGUCGUCCGUCCAGCGAGGCCGCGGCUUUAAAUUAUCUGUGGAGCAAUUUCCUACAAGUGUUCAACGACAACAGGGCGCCUUUUGGACUCAAUAUGCAUGGCGCCUGGUUCCUCUACUCUGAUGACUACCUCAACGCUGCGGAUACUUUCAUCAAGAAGCUUCUAGAGAUGGACGAUGUUUACAUCGUGUCUGUCGAGAAAUCUCUGGACUGGAUGCGUAAUCCCGUAGAGAUCUCGGAUAUCCAAGAGAAACUACCUUCGUGGGGAUGUCAGAAUCCAACACAAGCAACAGCAGUACAGUAAUGUCAUCUAUGUCAAAGUCGACAGAAGACAAAUCCACUUGCUGGAAAGAUUUCGACAGUCACUAUGUACAAAAUAUUUUGAGUUAGACUAUAUACACAAGAUGAAUUGUUUACAUCUCAAGCAGCUUUACUAGUUGACAGUUGAGAUUGUUAAUUUGGUCGACAUACUUCAUAUAAAAAAAUGUUUAACAUAAUAAGCAAUGAUUAAUUAAGUACGACUAAAUCUUUCUCUCACACAUAAAGAGAAAAACUUUAAUGUCUUGUAAUUUACAAAUUUAAUCGAAUUAAUUUUCUGGUAACGAAAGCUUUAUAGCAAUAAAACUAUUUCGACAUGUGCAUUCAAUUCUUUUGACAUCACAAUGCUGACAGUUUGAAGACCUUUGAAAACAUAGUAUGCACAUGGUGCUUUUUAAAAUAAACAAAAUUGUACAUAGAUUUGUAAUGCUUGCAUAAUAAUAAUCUUUAUCCGCCAGAACAACUGUGCUCUUUAAAAAAAAAAGUACAAUAAAAAGUUUCAUACAAUC